AUGUUCAGCAAACUCAAGUUCUGGAAAAAGAAGAACAAAAAGAAGAAGAAGAAAGAAGAUGAGGUUGAGACCACGGACGUUCCAGUCAAGCAGGAGGAGGUGGCGCCACGCGUAACGGACACGAAGAGAAACGAUGGAAUCAGUCCAAAAAGCGCUUUGAUGCACUUUGGCCACCUUCUCACAGAAUAUGAGAAGAAAGAAGUUCUUGAAUAUAAGAAUGUGUACCAUAUGGGAAAAAAAUCAGCCAAGUUCGAUGCCCCGAUGGAUGCAGAUGAGACCGGAUUCUUCACGCUGGAGAAUUACCGCUACAAGGUGAACGUCGGAGAUCAUAUCGCAUAUCGCUAUCAGCUCCAGGAACUUGUUUCCAACCAAUACAGAGCUCAGGUAAGUGUAGAAAAACAUUCCAAUAAUAGCAAUUAACUUCAGGUGUUCAAUGCGAUGGACGGCAAAAAUUUCUCCAAAGUGACCAUCAAGAGCUUGAACAGGAAAUGGUUCGACCUGGACCAGCAGUAUAGGGAGUGGAACAAGCUUCGAGAUAUUCAGGAGCUCGUACCAGCAAGUCAGGCCUUCAUUUUGCUACCGAUGAACAUAGGAGAAUUCCGUAAUCACUUUUUCAUGGUUUUCGAACAGUUUGAGACGGAUCUGCAGAAAUAUAUGAAUGAGAAACCGAAGUGGGCUCUUGAGGUGAAUGAGCCCAAUUUUCCACUUAAAAAAUAUUUUUUUCAGGAUAUCGCGACAUCAAUUCCAGGAGUUUUCAAAGGUCUCGAUGUCUUGAAAAAAUUGGACAUCAUACAUGGUAACAUCCAACCGGCUAACAUCCUUUUGAACAGAAAGGAACCCCACAUUCUCAAAAUUUGCGGUUUUGGCUCGGCUAUCUAUCCGACAAAGUACCGGCGAGAGACACAAGAGCUGCACUACCGUGCUCCGGAGCAGUUCAUGAUGGGCCCAGUCUCUCCAGCCAUGGAUGUCUGGUCUGUGGGCUGCAUCAUGGGAGAGAUGGCCUACGGAAAACCGUUCCUGAACGGCGUCGACGACCCGAAUCAGUUCUACGCUAUUCAAGAAACUUUUGGGAUUCCACCGCAAGAGUUCCGCCGUUCGUGCUACAGAGCGGAGCUUUACUUCUUCAAAACAGCCCACGACGCACCCACGCACUGCAUUUUUGUCGAGGAUUCGGACGGAGGGUUCAAGUUAGAGAUCGACUAGUAAGUUGUGCAAGUAAACUAUUUUAGGGGUUAACGAUUCAUUUAUUGCAGCGCAAACUCCCUAGCGACCAGCGACCGUCUUCCUCCGGGUUCGAGACCCCUUUUAUCUUUCUUCCCAGGCCGAGAGCUUGCGCUCUUCCGCAACCUACUCUAUAAAUGCUUUGAGUGGAUGCCGGAGAAGCGUUUGGAUCCGGCGGCUGCCGUCAAACAUCACUUCUUCUUGAAUUACGAGUGCUUGGUCAGUUUACACAUGUGCCAAGCAUGGAAUGCAUUCAUUUUUGCAGUAUGACGGUGACUGA